UGUCAUGAUGACGACUGUCAGUGUGUACAAUUGUCAUGAUGACGACUGUCAACUUGUCAUCACAUCUUCACCUUCAGCAGGUGACAUCAUGAAGAAGCCAGCCACGCAUGUUCCCUUAGUAACCGCUUGGGGCAAAAGUGGCGCACUAACACUGCAUGAGAAUUCAGCGAGAACAGCAGAAGAAGAAGAAGAAGGGACUUUGCAGUUUAAAAUGUUUAUUUAUUUAUCCACAUCGUUCGUUUUUGAAAUUUGAAACCUGCCCUUUUAAAUCUUCGCCAUGAAUCCGGGUGACAUAUUUGGUGGUCACAUUUAUGUAACUUAACAAGCUUUCUUUUCACUCCCAUAAUUGAAGUAUUAUUUUUUUUCGAAGCUAUUUUCCAACACUUCGAAUGUACACAAGUUGUUAUUUUUGUGAUGUGUUGUACGAGUCGGACUCCAAAGUUGUAUGUUAGGUUGCGCAUGCGCGUGUCGGUCCUAUAGAGUUGUACACAAGAGAGCCUCACUGUGAUUGGUGGGUCUCAGGGACAGGUAUGCGCAUGCGCGUGUGGGUCCCAUAGAGUUGUACACAAGAGAGACUCACUGUGAUUGGUGGGCCUCAAGGUAAAGAUAUGCGCAUGCGCGUGUAGGUGCCAUAGAGUUGUACACAAGAGAGACUCACUGGGAUUGGUGGGCCUCAGGCACAGGUAUGCGCAUGCGCGUGUGGGUCCCAUAGAGUUGUACACAAGAGAGACUCACUGUGAUUGGUGGGCCUCAAGGUAAAGAUAUGCGCAUGCGCGUGUUGGUGCCAUAGCGUUGUACACAAGAGAGACUCACUGUGAUUGGUGGGCCUCAGGCACAGGUCACUGUGAUUGGUGGGCCUCAGGGCACAGGAAAAGAUCUGCGCAUUCUGAUUGGUCAGUCUUACGCUAGCAGAGAUCUCAUUUAUUUGAUGUUUUUGCUCCAAAAUUACAGUUUUGCAAUAGUUUCGUGCUUUGAUUCUUGCACUCCUUCUGGAUACAAAGUUUGUAGUCGUUGAUGGCUUCAGUCGGGGGGAGUCAGCUCCGGGGGGAGGCAGGCCCCCAUGUUGCUGCACAUCUUCAGUGUCCCUUGUGUGGGAAUUUCUCCAAAAGCCAUGCUCACCAACUGUCCCACAUGGCUACCACCCACCCCACCUGCCUGGAUGAUGUGGCCAUGGGCCGCCUGGGGAACAUCAUCAUAUAUCAGACUGGCGCGCAGCUCUUCCACUGUGCAGAGUGCUUCUACACCAGCAGAGACUUCAGCAAACUGUACCAGCACAUCAUCGCCCAGCACUGCUUGGAUGAGACGGCGGGAGGAGUCGCUGACGGGGAAGAUAACGAGAGUGAGAAGGGGGACAAGGAAGCCGAGGAGGAUGUGAAGGAAGCCGAUGAAGAAGAUGCCACACCACCUGUGGGAAAGAGUAGUGGGGAGGAGGAAGACGGCGCCUCCCAGAGGAUGGAUUCAGGCAAAGCGGACAACACGGUGCUCCUCUUUAAAAAAGGGGUGUACCACUGCCUGAUUUGCAGCUGGAAAAACAAGCUGAAAGUGCAGGCCAUCAGCCAUGUGGUGCGCAAACACAGCAUCCCCCAGGUGUACGUCAUCCAAAGGAUCAAACGAGACACCACUGCUUACACUUCACCCAAACAUUUGAGUAGUGGCACAGAAGAGGAGGAGGAGGACAAGAUGAGUGCCGCCCUCUUAAAGGAGGAAAUGGAGGCAACGGCCCAGGUGGUGCAGUUCACCUCCAACCGCUACGUCUGCCUCAUCUGUGGCUGGAAGACCAAAAUGAAAGGUUUCGUCAUAAGUCACGUGGUGCGUUGCCAUGACGUGGAGCGGCCGUACAGCUGCAAAGGCUGCCAUUCCUCCUUCUUCCUGCCAAGCCAACUGCAGCAGCACGUCAGAGCCGCUCACCGCCCGGGACGCUUCAUCUGCCCCUUCUGCAGCUUCAGGUCGCACUUCCUGGGCGGCUUCCGAAGGCACUGCAGCCGAUGCAAGGAGGGGGAAGGCGUGGAAGGGUUGGCCAUGGACGGGGAGGCCAUAGGGGUGUGGGGCCAGGUGGAAACUAAAGCGACUAGAGCUGGGAGGAAAAGAGCACGGAGGUUGAUUGCCGAGGGGGAAGAGGAGAUGAUGUAACUUGAGAGAAAAGUCCAGCUGAUUAAAUAUGUCGGUAAUGAAGAUUUAUUGAGUACCCCUAAAAUAUCAACCCAUCAUUUUGCAGUGGCGAUAAUAAAUCUUCAAAAAUUGAAAGGAAAAACCUGCCAUUACGCAAUAGUUCUCUCUGAAAAACAGUAAAGGAGGCACAAAUGUUUAGCUUGUCCACAAAAGAAAGUGAUUUACAAUAAUUUUCUGCAUUAAAAGAUGUCAAACUAAAGCACCGAUGGGUA